CGUUGGAGUUGCUCUUAAUUAUGCAUCAGCCCAGGCCCAUUAUUAUUAGGUUUUUACCCUUUUACAGACCGUUUUAACCAGAGAGUGUUCCUUUCUGAAGAGUAUCUUCUCCACCACACCGUCGGAGAACUCAAUAGAGAGGUUAAAGCGACGGAAUUUCAUCCGUCCGCCUUGGCAUAGCUCGUGCUUUGUCUUGGCCCUCCGUUUCACAAACCAUCACCUUCUCCGAUCGUAUAUAUACACAUACAGUUCAGCAAUAUAUAGCAACAUGGUUGGAAAGGCUUCAAAGGCUGAGAAGAAGAUCUCUUAUGAUGCUAAGCUCUGUCAACUUCUCGAUGAGUAUACUCAAGUUCUUGUGGUGGCGGCUGAUAACGUUGGAUCAAACCAACUACAGAGUAUCCGUCACGGUCUCAGAGGUGAUUCUGUUAUCCUCAUGGGGAAAAAUACUAUGAUGAAGCGAUCCAUCAGGAUUCAUGCCGAGAAGACCGGAAACAAGGCUUUUCUCAAUCUCGUCACGCUUCUUAUUGGGAAUGUUGGAUUGAUUUUCACCAAGGGUGAUCUGAAGGAAGUCCGCGAGGAAGUUGCUAAGUACAAGGUCGGAGCUCCUGCACGUGUGGGCCUAGUGGCACCGGUGGAUGUGGUUGUUCCUCCAGGCAACACCGGUCUAGACCCCUCUCAGACCUCUUUCUUCCAGGUCCUUAACAUACCCACCAAGAUCAACAAGGGUACAGUUGAAAUCAUCACCCCAGUUGAGCUCAUAAAAAAGGGUGACAAAGUGGGCUCUUCAGAAGCAGCUCUGUUAGCAAAACUCGGCAUCAGACCAUUCUCUUAUGGUCUUGUUGUUCUAUCUGUUUAUGAAAACGGUGCAGUUUUCAGCCCAGAGGUUCUUGAUCUGACAGAAGAUGAUCUUGUUGAAAAGUUUGCCAUGGGAGUAUCCAUGGUUACUUCUUUAGCAUUAGCUAUACAUUAUCCAACCAUAGCUGCUGCUCCUCACAUGCUCAUCAAUGGCUACAAGAAUGCUCUGGCAAUUGCUGUGGAGACCAGUUACUCUUUUCCUUUGGCAGACAAAGUUAAGGAGUACCUUGAGGAUCCAAGCAAGUUUGUGGUUGCUGCAACAGUUGCAGUUACAGGUGGAUCUGGACAGGGUGUUGCUGAAGAUGUUGCAGUUGAAGAGAAGAAGGAUGAGGCUGUAGAAGAGUCUGAUGAUGAUAUGGGGUUUGGUUUGUUCGAUUAAGUUUGCAGGUUUUGUUAUAAGUAUCUUUUGUUUAGUAAUUGAAACCUUUUUAUAUUAUGAUCUUGUUGAAAAGUUUGCAUGAAACUUAUUAUUAUUAUCUAGUGUUUUGGAUUUCUACAAUCAUUUGUUUAUAGCUAUCAGUUUUAGAAUAUGUGGCAUAGCUUUCUUCAUAUAUGUGUUCAUGAUGUCUAGAUCCUAGUUAUGUAUGUUCAUAAUGCCUGGAUAAUGGAGGCAUUACAACUAAGCGCAUAGUAUUUUGCAUAGCUUUCUUCAUUAAUGUAUAAGACCAUUCAAAAAAUAUAAAUACAAAAGCCAAA